CACCUUAGUUACGACUUGCGGUUUCAGGCGGAACAAAUCACUAAAUUGCCAAGUGGUCUCACCGUUGCAUCCGUAGACCAUCAAGGUCCGAUCAGUCAACUGAACGCUUUCUCGACGCGUGAUGUUUAUGGGGUAUCACUGGCGCUGCCCAGAGACGAAACCUCUGUCGGUAUUUCGAUUCUUGGCCACAUUGCACAACCAGCAUUCAAGCCAUGGGAGAUUGAGGAUGUGAGUUCCACCAGAUUUUUUGACAAUCAAUACAAGCAUCCUUACGAUGUGGCUUAUGAGGAUUUACAUCGUGCUGCUUACCGUAAUGGACCGCUAGCAAGAUCUGUUUAUGCUCCAAAGUCUUCGAUCGGUAAAAUCAGUUACAAAGCACUGGUUGACUUUGCUGCCAAGCAUCUCACGACUGGUCAAGCAAUCCUGUACGGAAUAAACAUUGAACAUGAACGAAUGGUACUUUACGGCGAUAGCCACGCUCCCAUUGCCAACGGACAGAAGAUCAGUCCUGUUCCUAGCCCUUAUAAGGGUGGAGAGUGGCGUCGCCCUGCAGGUGGUUCAAUGGCGCAUGUAUUACUUGCUGGUGAGGGAGCACCGUUGAGCAAUGCCAAAGCGAUGGCUGUACAGGCAGUACUGCUCUCGUCCCUUGGAAGAUCCGCAGCUGUACAAUUUUCUGACUCCCCAGGAAAUGCAGUUGCUCUUCGUGCCGUUGCUGAUGGUUGUGGAGUAUCAGCAUUCCAAGCAGCUUAUGAAGAUGCUGGCCUCGCCGGAGUGUACAUCGUAGCCGAUGGUGCUCACAUUGCUAAAGCAGUUACUUCAGUUGCUUCAGCUAUCAAGAACUACAAAUGCAGUGAUCUCGAAGCCGCGAAACGAUGUGCCAGCAAUGAUUUGCUUCGGGCAGCUGCUCAUUCCAAAGCAACCUCUGUUGAUCGUGCUACUCAGAUUCUCGCUGGACUUACAACUGAAGAUAAUAUUGUUGAUGCAAUCCAACAGGUUACUGCUGGUGAGGUUGAGGCAGCGGCAAAGAAGCUUUCGAGCAAGUUUUCCAUGUCCAGCUAUGGAAAUAUCGAUGAGGUCCCGUAUGUCGACACGUUGUAG